UGUCCAAUACAACACUCUUCGACUCUUUUGCCUGUCUGUUGAAGAUUUAAAUUGAAAUACUUUCUGUCUCAUUUAGAUUAUUAACAAUGUUAGCUAAUAUAGGAAGAAAAAUCAUCUUGGGGAUUCAUGAAAACACCAUCGCUUUGAUUUUGCGACAAAACAUUUAUCGACGAAUGAUAGACUCGUUCGAAAAUGAAGAUAAAUAUAAAGAACAUCUCAAAAAUGAAAAAUUGAAGAAAAGAAGAAAAAGGGCUUCGAAACAAACAAAGGAGCUUCUGAAAGAGACCACAGAAGUACAACAGCCUGAAAUCGAUGAAGAAUUCAACACCUAUAGCGACAUUCCACAAGAGAUAUUAAAUCUAAAAUUCACGAAACCGAAUCCGGCGAAAAUCGGAAGUUUCUCUAACUUGAUGCUGAAUAUGAAGUCAAGGUCAUACAGGGAACGACACAACGCUUGUUUACUGGAAGGAAAGUUUCUGAUUGCUGAUGCCAUGAAGUCUGGGAUGUUUGUCCGCUCUCUCUACUUUAGCAGAUUGCAGAAUCUUGUCGGCUUGCCGGUCGAUCUUCUGCCAAAGAUAAAUUUAAUCAAAGUUGGAUUCAAAGAGAUACAACAAGCUUCAGAGGUUAAAGUCCAAACAGAUGGACUUUUGGCGAUCGCCAGCAAACAAGAUGAAAUUACCAGAAAAAAAGUGAUUAGUCAGCGAAAUGAAUUGUUGCAUGAGAAUGACGAAAGUCUUCUGCCGAUAACACUUGUUUGUGACAACAUAAGGGAUGCAGGAAACAUGGGAACAAUACUACGAGGUGCUGCGGCUGCUGGUUGUGAACAGGUGAUAACAACUAAAGGAUGUGUGGAUAUCUGGGAUUCAAAAGCUAUUCGAGCUGGUGCUGGAGCUCAUUUUAAGAUUCCUAUCGAACACAGCCUCACGUGGGAUGAAGUUCGUGAAGCAUUGCAAAAAUUCGACAUACAAAAUGUUCAAUUAUCUCAUCACAGUGCAGAAAACAUGCGGUUGUCUGAACUUGUGACAGAUUUCCGAUUAUUUAAAGAAGACUCUGAAUUUUAUAAAGAGCUUACCGGCGAUAUGAAUAUCAAGGAUAAUGAUGUCACAAUCAAUAAUUAUAAAAAUGUCAUCUUUGAAUCGAAACCUUAUUAUGAUGUCACAUAUGAAAAAGGACACACUGUCGUCAUCAUCGGUGGUGAAGUACAUGGAGUGAGCGCUGAUGCAUGUCAGUUUGCUCUUGAAGCAACGAAAGCAGGGAAACGAAAGGUCGAAGGUUAUAUGGGUUUGAUAAACAUUCCAAUGUUUGUUGGUUCGGACUGUCUCAACACAGCGGUGGCAGCAAGUAUAAUAUUGUUUGAUGCCAGGAGAAAGAUGUUGAUAGAAAUGAACUGAAUGCUCAUAUGGAAUGGUGCAGACAGACUUGCAUGAUGGCUUAGUGGUCUGCGGGUGUCAAACUCUUCAAAUCCUGGACCCACCUUUUCACCCGAAGAGUGAUAAACUCGGCUGACAAUGCCGAGCCAGAAAAAUUUAGUAUUUCCGAAAACUAGUUGACAUGCAUGUCAAUCUUUUUACAAAAAGUGUCGGACUUGGCAGGAAAUGUAACUUUUUCUAAGCAAGCUUGCUCUUUGUGUGAGUGGUUAGAGCCUUAUCUGGCGAAGGGUGCAAAGUUUCACCCAUUUUUUCAUCGUUGAAUUUUCCAAAAUUAUUAGCUUAAAGUUGCCUGUUACUCAUUCAGAAGUGUAUGAGACUCAUCAUCUUUAGUAAAGUUACAGACUGCUAAAAACUGUGUGCACUCUCAGAAGUAAAUGAAACUCGUUCAGUAAGAAAGUUACGGGCGAGAACUGAAAUGCGAAGAGCUAUUAAAACUAGAUGAAAUUAUGCAAAACGCACCAGUAUAUAUACUUGUUGAAUUCAAGUUAAUGCUGUUAGAGAAAAUAGAUUCACGGAAUAAAAAUCUUGAAAUUAUAGUGUUUGUAAUAUUAUAAAAAUUUAAGUGAAGCAGUUGAGUAAUAAAAAUAUCAUAAUUAUAUCAUUUCUACAGUUGAAAAGUCUAAGUAUAAAUUUAGCUUAUCCCAGUAGUUCCCAAGGGGUGCACACAACAACCCAUCACGGAAAUUAACAGAAUUGUGUUAAAUUCUAAAAUGUGAUUGAAUAUUUGACAUUUUGUAUUUAUAAUAAAUGUUUUAUUGUUUCUUAUUCUGUGUAUAUGAAUCAAUAAAGUCAUUUUACUUUUCGAUGUCUGUCGUUUACUUUCUGUUGUGUAAUGUCUCCCUCUUUUGUUACAUAACUGUUAUCGAU